AUGGGGGUCCGGAAUGUGAUGGAUGACCAGACUUUGAUGAGGGUGACUGUGGGGGUCCGGGAUGAAGUACGUGACCGCAGGGGUGACAGCUCGUGGCAGCACCGUGCAGAACCAGGACACUACUGGCACGUGACCCCAUGGGUCCUGCGGGACAACCAAAAGCUCAGCUUGGCAGAGGCGACCCAGGAGGGGUUCCCCACCCAGCUGAGGGUCCUGCUGGAGCUGGAGGGGAUGAGGCUGGUGCUGGAGCUGGAGCAAAACUGGGAGCUGGUGCAGGGCAAAGGGGCGCUGCUCUACUACCUGCCCAACGGCACGUGGGUGAUGGAGGAGCCCAGUGAGGAGGAGAACUGCUGCUACCAAGGGACAGUGCAGGGCUUCCCUGACUCCUGGGCCAACCUCUGUGCCUGUGCCGGACUCAGUGGCCACCUCCAGCUGUCAGAGACCAGGAGCUACGAGCUGGAGCCAGACAGCGACCCCUCAGAGCAACACGUCGCGUUCCGUCCAUGGGCGGUCCGGGUGGCACCACGGGCCUGUGGGCAGGACCCCCUGAACCCCCGCCCCAGGGCAGAGGUGACAGAGCCUCCCAGGCCACAGAGGGGCAAGCGGGCAGCAGCAGAGCAGCGGUUUGUGGAGCUGGUGAUGGUGGUGGACCACGCUGCGUUCCAGAAUUACCCCAACCUCCAACGCGUUCGCGUCCGGGCCCUGGAAAUCGCCAACCAGGUGGACGUGUUCUUCCGCCUGCGGCGGGAGGGCUACACAGUGCAGGUGAACGUCAACGACUACCUGGACAUCUACUGCCCGCACUACAACGCCUCGGUGCCCGAGCACCGGCUGGAGCAGUACGUGCUGUACAUGGUGAACGCGGAGGGCUAUCGCACCUGCAACACCAGCCAGGGCUUCAAGCGCUGGGAGUGCAACCGGCCCCACGCGCCCCACAGCCCCAUCAAGUUCUCGGAGAAGUUCCAGCGCUACAGCGCCUUCUCACUGGGCUACGAGUUCCGCGCGGGGCAGGAGUACUACUACAUCUCCACACCAACACACAACCACCGCCGGGCCUGCCUGAAGAUGAAGGUGUUUGUCUGCUGCGCCUCCA